AUGACGAAACAAUACAAGGGUUUACUUCGUUAUAAAAAGAAAACAUUUGAUAAUGAUAUAAUUCAAUCAUUGGUGAAAGAGAAAAACACAAAGCAAUUCUGGUCAACAUUAAAAUCAGCCAGUAAUACAAACACCGUCAAUGAACAAACUGUUCCUGUUGACAACCUUCUCAAUCACAUUAACACUUUACACUCGAAUAUUGACGAGAACUAUUGUACACCAAAUCAAAAAAUUAUUAUUGAUCACACUAAUAUUUCUCAGUCCAAUCAAAAUAACUGCUUAAACAUACCUAUCAUUGAGAGUGAGAUUAAGAAAGCUAUAAAAAAACUAAAAAGUAAGAAGACUGCCGGUAAUGAUAAAAUCCGAAAUGAGAUGCUUAAAUGUGGAAUGUAUGUAAUAGUCUUACCAUUAAUAAAACUAUUUAAUUUCAUCCUCAAUGCCGAGGAAUAUAUCCUGACUUAUGGUCAAAAGGAUUGA